GCCAGAAAGAUCCAAAACAAGUGGCUGCGGCCGUCGCUCGGGAGUCGUCGGACGCCGCAAUCGGGCCCCAGUUCUGAGCUUGUUCCGCCCCCCUCGCCCGGGAAUGGCGUUGUCCGGGUCGACCCCGGCUCCGAGCUGGGAGGAGGAUGAGUGCCUGGACUACUACGGGAUGCUGUCCCUUCACCGUAUGUUCGAGGUGGUAGGCGGGCAAUUGACCGAGUGCGAGCUGGAGCUCCUGGCUUUCCUGCUGGACGAGGCUCCCGGCGCUGCUGGAGGCUUGGCUCGGGCCCGCAGCGGCCUGGAGCUGCUGCUGGAGCUGGAGCGCCGCGGGCAGUGCGACGAGAGCAACCUGCGGCUGCUGGGGCAACUCCUGCGCGUGCUGUCCCGCCAUGACUUGCUGCCGCACCUGGCGCGCAAGCGACCCCGGCCAGUGUCUCCAGAACGCUACAGCUAUGGCACCUCUAGCUCUUCAAAGAGAAAAGAGGGCAGCUGCUGUCGCCAUCGGCCAUCAAGCAGUUCUUCAGAUUCUCAGCAAGGUCAGUGGGAGACAGGCUCCUCCCCUACCAAGCGGCAGCGGCGGAGUCGGGGCCGACCCAGUGGUGGUGCCAGAAGGCGGAGGAGAGGGGGCCCAGCCACUCCCCAGCAGGAGCAGGCUGGGCCUGUGUCAGAAGGCAAAGUGACCUGUGACAUCCGGCUCCGGGUUCGAGCAGAGUACUGUGAGCAUGGGCCAGCCUUGGAGCAGGGUGUGGCCUCCCGGCGGCCCCAGGCACUGGCUCGGCAGCUGGACGUGUUUGGGCAGGCCACGGCAGUGCUGCGCUCAAGGGACCUGGGCUCUGUGGUGUGUGACAUCAAGUUCUCAGAGCUCUCCUAUCUGGACGCCUUCUGGGGUGACUACCUGAGUGGUGCCCUACUGCAGGCCCUGCGGGGUGUGUUCCUGACUGAGGCCCUGCGUGAGGCUGUGGGCCGGGAGGCUGUCCGCCUGCUGGUCAGUGUGGAUGAGGCUGACUAUGAGGCUGGCCGGCGCCGCCUGUUACUGAUGGAGGAGGGGGGGGGGCAGCACCCGACGGAGGCCUCCUGAUCCUGGAUCUGGCAGGACUGACCCCACCACUGAGUCUCCGAGCUAUCUUCUCCCCUGGAGGAUGACCAUCUCUGCUCCUAGAGGACUGUUACUGCAACAGCUCUGAGGACUGCAACAGGACGGUGGGCCACUUGACAGCCCCUCCCACAGGAUGUGGGCUCUGGGGCCUAAACCACUUCCAGCUGAGUUUCCUUCCCAAGUUCUUCCCCCCACCCCCAGAUGUGUUUCCUCAGCCUUAGGAGGCCAGCAGCUCAUGCAGAUCCCCAAAGGGAAGGGGGCAUAACCAUGCACUUACCAAAGGCCCCCUGCACAUCCUGUCCCUGAAUCUGGACUGUCUGCGUGCAUGGUAGUGCACGCUCACCCACAUACUACCCCCUCUGAAAUCUCCUCUGAGCCCCUGCUCUGGCCUCUUCCACACACUUCUUUGGCCUAAAGGCUUCUCUCUCAGGAUCUCCAAUUUUACCACCCCCAACCUGGGCUUCAGCCACGCCAGUGGGCACUGGAGCUGGGGUACACAUGGGGCCUGCUCACCUUACCAACAUAUCUCUAGCCAGCCAGGGCUCUGCGCAGCUUCCAAACACAAAUCUGGCUCUCUUCACUUUCCCCUCCUCCCCAGAGCUGGAUGAAGACUUGCACCUGGACUGAGUAUCACACGUGGGUGUUGUGGCAGCAUAGACCAAGGCUUAUUGUUGCUUAUGGGGCCAGGACCAGAAAACAACUGCCUUUUUGGAAAGGAAAGGCAAGGGCUUGGGAGCUGAUGGGAAAGACCUUUUAUAAAUGGCACCAAUAAAACUGCCCUGGAAGGGGCAUAGGUGGACAUCAA